GAUAGGAAUAAUGGAUCCUAUUCCUAUCUUUACACAAGAAAACUGAAAUUCAGAUUUCAAUUCUACACAUUACUGAUUAUCAUGUUUCAAAAAACUGACCUCCACAAUUCACCAUCAAACGUACAAUUCUUACAAUCUACUGUUGUCAUUUCCUCUCACUCGGCUUGUUCAACUGUUCCCGCGAAGUUCAGAUCUCGAAUCAGACAUGCCUUUCUUAUUCUCAUUUUCACUUUUGAAUUUAAAUUUAGCUUUCUGAACUUCUAAUUUCAGUGUUAGCGAUUUUAUGUAAGUUAUUGUUUGGCCAUGCAUAUGUUCUUGUUCUCUUCUGUUCUGUGUUGAGUUUAAAAUUUUUCAUAGAUCGAUAUCGGAAGCAUGAAAUUCACUUUAGUUGAAUUGCAUUAUUCGUUGGUGCAGUGAAGCUAAUGAUUAUAAUGUCGGUGAUUUUAUUAUUACUUGAUGUAUACAGUAAAGUUUAUAUCAAUCUAAUAUUGGCCUAUUAUCUCUUUUAUUUCUCAAUUCUGUUAGUAUUUAGGUGGAUUUUAUCACCGCAGUGACUGUCUUUAAACACCAUGGUUAAAUGUUGACGGAUAAAAGAAGUGAGCAUGUUUUUCGUAUGGUGCGUCGGGGGAGGAGGUUUAAUCGAUUUUAUAGACAGAGAUUGUUGCGUUGGGUGUUCUUUCUUGCCGUACUCUUUUUUAUGUGCUCCGCUCCCUUUGCCUUAAAAUUCUUUUCUCGUGGUAAUUUAGAAAGUCGGGCAUUUAAUGUGCAAGAAGGGAAAAAGUUAACUUCGGGUGCUGAUAAACCACGAAGCAAUCAUACUAGGCGGUAUUUCCCUUGCAAAAUUGGAUUCUCAGAGUCAGUUACUGAGGUUGCUGGGCCCAUGAAUUUUUUGAAUUUCUCUAAAUUUUUGUUAGACUACAUUGAACUGGAAGAUAUACCUUCUACAACCAACUUUUUUGAGCCUAGAUUUGGAGGACACCAGAGUCUACAGGAAAGAGAGAAAUCCUUCUACGCAGAAAAUCAAACACUUCAUUGUGGAUUUGUUAAAGGACCACCUCAAUUUCCAGGCACUGGAUUUGAUUUUGAUGAAAAGGAUAGGACAUACAUGAAUAAUUGUGAGGUUGUGGUAUCUUCUUGCAUAUUUGGGAGCUCUGAUUUUUUGAGGAGGCCUACCAGCCGGAUGAUUAAUGAUUUUUCCAAGAAAAAUGUUUGUUUUGUUAUGUUUGUGGAUGAGCAAACACUGUUGACAGUGUCUUUGGAGGGUAACAUUCCUGAUAAUGAAGGAAAUAUUGGUUUGUGGAGAAUUGUUGUUGUUAAGAACUUACCAUAUAAGGACAUGCGGAGAACUGGAAAAGUGCCAAAAUUUUUAUCACAUCGUCUCUUUCCUUCCGCUAGGUAUUCAAUUUGGCUUGACAGUAAGAUGCGACUUCAGGCGGAUCCCAUGCUUAUAAUUGAGUUCUUUCUGUGGAGAACAAGUUCAGAGUAUGCUAUUUCAAAUCAUUAUGAUCGCCACUGUGUCUGGGAGGAGGUACUUCGAAAUAAGCUUCUGAAUAAGUAUGACCACAUGGCCAUUGAUGAACAGUUUUUAUUCUACCAGUCUGAUGGCCUCACCAAGUUUGACCCUUCUGAUCCAAAUAAUCUUCUUCCAAGUUAUGUUCCUGAAGGCUCUUUUAUUGUCCGAGCUCAUACACCAAUGUCAAAUUUAUUUUCAUGUCUCUGGUUUAAUGAAGUUGAUCGCUUUACAUCGCGUGAUCAAUUAAGCUUUGCAUAUACGUACUUGAAAUUGAGGAGAAUGAAUCCACAAAGACCUUUCUACCUGAAUAUGUUUAAGGAUUGUGAGCGUCGGCAAAUGACAAAGCUAUUCAAGCAUCGGCAACUAUCACCUACAUCUGCUACUUAAGGACUGCAGUUAAUCAAUCUAUGGAGGACUUUAUUCAAGGUGAAGAACAUUCUACAUCAACUGCCUUCUAUGAUUGAUCAUGUGAGCAUGACACUAAUGAAGCCUGGGCAAGUUUAUUUAGUAGAUAUUAGUUAAUUGUAUAGAUGUUUGCUAGAUUUCUGUUUCUUUAAUCUGGAGAUGUAGUUAGUUUGGUCAUAAAGCAUGGCGCAAUGCUGCUAUUAAUUGUGGAAGAAUCUAGAAGGCAGGUUCGGCAUAUUGUGAUUUCUAAUGAAAAUUUUAAGGCAACUGACAGAAGCAAGGGACAAAGAUUUUGAAGUUACAAUAGUUGGGUGAGUGAUGAAUUUAUUUGGCAGUCUGCAAAGAUAGCAGUAGAAAGUAGAAACUUCGUGGAUCUUCAUAGCACUUGAGCAUGCUAAGAAGUCCAGGAAGAUACUGGUAAGAUAUUCUUUCAUUUUUCUUUAACCCUCUUUGUAAGUGUUUUAAGAGGAGGCAAGUCGAUGAAUCAAAGUAUGUGUUACUAAAGAGUUGAGUGAAUAUAUAUAUAUAUAUAUAUAUAUAUAUAUAUAUAGCUAUAACAGUUUCAGUUUGUCAUUUCUUGUACAUGACAGUCAUCGAGUAAUUCCGUGUAUUUUGUACAUCGUUA